CUCUCUCUUGCCUGACUUUAUUUGGAGAUAAGAUACUUACUUUUCAGAUAAAGUAUAUUAUUAUAGCUAAAAUCGAAUGAGCUUUGUGGAUGUUUGUGAAUCUGUGAGUGUGUGUUUGUUUUUACACUGGUUUAUUACAGCUCACUGUAAUCUUUUGAUGAUGUGUCAAUGAAUGUGUGAAAGGCUUGAUUUGACGAACAGCAAUUUAAUGUGUGAUGCACCUGUUCAAUAACUGAUUGAAAACCUUGAGUUGCAAUUUAGAAUCAAAGUUGAAGCCACAUUCCUGAGUUUCAGCCAGGCUAAAAACCAAAAUAUACAUUUUGGACAUUUAGGCUACAAGUUGUAAUAUGCUAAUAAAGCAUACGUUAUAUUCUUAAAGAAUGGUUAUAUGAUUGAAAUUACCAUUAAACAGAAGAAAAUAUUGAAGAUUGUGCAACAAUCACCAUCCUGUUUACAGCUGUGUUCAAUCGUUUUGGUGCUAUUUUUACAGGUUUCUGGGGAUUUUUUUUAAACACUUUUUCAUCAAAUGUCAUUAGUGUUUCGUCUAGAAAUACACGUUUCACUUUGCAGUACAUGUUAAUAUAAAGUAAUUUCCUUUCACAAUGCAAUGCUCACAUUAUUUUUGAUAUGAAUCAUUUGUUAAAAUACAUUUUACUAUUGCUUAACAUGACUGUUCUUAAUUGAUAAUCACUUACAACAUGUAAAUCUGAUAUUGACAAGAUCAGAUAUGUACUGUACUGUAUGUAACAAAUGCAUCCCAUAUCCAAAAUAUUUAAAAAAAAAUUGAUGGGGAGUUAGGUAACACUGUGUUACUGUAACACCGUAAUAUUUGCCAUUUACGUACGAGCCACUUUUACCCAAAGUGACAACAGAGUCUACAAAUGUUCAUAUGUGACCCCAGUGGGAAUCAAACCCGACAACUCUGCUGUUGCUAGUGCCAUGCUCUUACGAACUGAGUCGCGUACAGGAGCACUACAAUACAUAAGUACAAUACAAUACUGUACAAUACAAUACAUGAUUACAAUAGAGGUAGAAGAUGUAUGAUUGUAAUCCCCAUGAGCCCCACCCUCCUUGGGGGCAAGGAUGAGGCAUGCAAUAACAUCAAUCCAGACCUGUCAGGCAAAAUCUAUAUUCAUCAUGAUCAUAAUAAUACAUUACGGUAUAUAUCAUACUUUAUAUGUUUAUACACUAUAGACAUACAUCGACAAUCCAGUUUAAAAUAUAUAUGAUUACCAAAAGGUUAAAUUAUUAUAAAUUAAGAGCAGUCGGAUUAAUUCAUAGUCAAAUUUAUUUUAACAGAUUAGAAGAGGAUCAUUUCAAGUAAUGUGGAAGGCAAUUAUUUUAUAUGAACAUGUAUUGCAAUGUGAAACAUGUAGGCCUAUUUCUAGAUGAAGCACUUUGGUGAAAAGUGACCGUAUGAUUUUGUGUGUUGUACUUAGUCAUUUUAACAUGUGCUGUUGAAACAACUGCCUUUUUGAUUAUCUGUUUUUAUUUUUGUAGUACGAGUUGUGAACAUUUACCACAUACUUGUGAAAAUUGCACCAAAGCAACUGAAAAAAACUGCAAAUCAGGGCUUUAAUUUGCUUAAUUUGUCAAAUUAUUGGCAACAUGUUUAUUACAUUCUAAAUAAAAAUGAAGUUUAGUUGGGCCAACAUAACUCUACAAAACAAAUCCCGUGAAAACCUCGCAAAACACAUGUUUUUACAGAUCAAAUUAAACUGAAUAUAAAAUAUUUUUCGGUGUAUCACAAAAAAAUUGAAAGUCAAAAGAAAUUAUGAAUAAAAUGUUGGUUCAGAGGUAUAGUUGAUUACAUCAACGUUUUAAUUGGAUUCCAAAGUAGGCUAAUCGAAAUGACUCUGGACCAACAUGAACUAAUUUCUCAUUGAUUUUCAAAUUAUAAUUACAAAUUGAAACGUAAAGUUAUAGGCUUAUUUGAGAAUUUAAUGGGAAUAAACUUUUUGAGUCAUGCAAUAUAUUAACCAUGGACUCAAUUCAGUCAUUUUAAUGACUAUAUUAAUAUAGGCCUAGGCCAAAUAUGUCCUCGGCUGUAUCAUUUAUAAUAUUAUGUCUUGAUUUCAAAUGUUUAGAGGACGAAUGUUUAUCAGUUGUCGUUAAUAAAUCCUCACAUUUGAAAAAGUAGACUACUAAAUAUUAUUUUUUGCUACAGCCCUGUAUGUAUAGUUUGAAAUAUACAUAUGUUCAACAAAAAACAAAAAACGUUACCCAACCCAUUACUAAGCAAAGAUAAAUCAGCCCAGGGCGUAUACAUCAGCAAAUGCUUAUUUUGUUCCAUUGAAAUGUGAUGAAUGCGAAAAUCUUAAUGUGACACAUUUCGUUUUCUACUACGAAAAAGUAGACCUAUCUGCAAAAUUGUUUGUAAAUGUAUCUGGGAAUAAAAGUUUAAUAGAUGAUGCGAUGAAGUGUAGUGGGAUGGGCAGAGACAAAAGAGAGCGAGAAAGAGAGAGAGGGAGGGGGGGUUCUUGUGCGUCCACUUGGUACCUUUAAUUAGCUCACCGUGUCUGUAAAAUAAGUCAGUGUCGUGGCAUCACCCCGCUCACCGGCAGCACGCACCUCUUUACCUGCUCCUGACGAGCCAAAAUAUAAGUGUCCGCGCACUCUGCUAUGUCCUAAACUGCGGUGCGCAAUUGUCACGAGGGUUGCACUUUACAUUUUUUUGUGUUUUCGACAAGUCAAGUGAGAAAGAGUAAGAGGGAAAAUUAAGAAAGGCAAAUAACUUUGAGACAUCUCAAGAUACCUUUGUCACUUGGCGAGGUCGAUUUGGAGCGGGACCUAAAACUUCAAUACAUUACCGACGGAGAGGGACUAGUGGGAAAUAGCCAAGUAAGUCCGUCGUGUGUGCCUGUUCAGAGAGACGGCCAAGUGAGGGAGAAGGCAUAAAAACCCGGUGCGAGGAUGAUGUCCUACAUUAAGCAACCCCAUUACGCCAUGAACAUGUCUGGGAUGGACCUGCUACACACCACCGCUGGAUACCCAUUCUCUGUGUCUCUGGAUUUCUCAGCCACCCCGCGGAAGCAGCGUCGCGAGCGCACCACUUUCACACGCAACCAGCUGGAUAUCCUGGAGGCCAUGUUCUCCAAGACCCGCUACCCCGACAUCUUCAUGAGGGAGGAGGUGGCCCUCAAGAUCAACCUCCCCGAGUCGCGCGUACAGGUGUGGUUCAAAAAUCGCCGUGCCAAGUGCCGCCAGCAGCAGCAGCAGAGCAGCGGCCAGUCCAAGCCCCGCCCCCCUAAAAAGAAGGCGUCACCGGCCCAGGACCAGCCCAGCAAUGGCCCCGACCCCUCAUCCAACAACCCCUCUGGCUCCUACAGCCCCUCCCCCGACCCAUCAGGCUCCUCCCUGCUCACUAGCGGCAACAACCCUGGCAAUGCACCCAUCUCCAUCUGGAGCCCAGCCAUCUCGCCACUCCCUGACCCUCUGGCCUCCUCGGCGCCCUGCAUGCAGCGGCCCUCUGCCUACCCCAUGAGCUACGGCCAGCCUCAGGCCUACGCCCAGGGCUAUGCCGGCACCUCCUCCUAUUUCACAGGCUUGGACUGUGGCGCCUACCUUUCGCCCAUGCACUCACAGCUGUCGGCAAACGGCGCCCUCAGCCCCAUCACCGUGCCCUCCAUGGGGGGCUCGCUGAGCCAGUCACCCGCCUCGCUCUCCUCCCAGGGCUACGGCACGGCCGCUUCGCUGGGCUUCACCUCCGUCGACUGCCUGGACUACAAAGACCAGCAGGCGUGGAAGCUGGGCUUCAGCACCAUGGACUGCCUGGACCACAAAGACCAGAAUUCGUGGAAGUUCCAGGUGCUGUAGAGAAGAACAAGAACAAGAACAAGAGUGGGAGGAGUUGUGAAUGAAUGAGGCCCUCACCAGAUACACGAUCAGAUACGAUCAAAUUAUUCUGACAGAUUACUUUGUUUUGGUUAUUUCUUGUUUGUAAGUUUUGUUUCUCGUUUGUAAUCUUGGUUUUUACAACCCCUGUAGAAUGUGUUUUCCAUUCAGGUGAGAGAGGAGAAGAUAGACGCAGGGAUAUAAUUGAUACCUCCUGACUGUGAAUGCAGGAGAUCAGGUCCAGUUACUUUCUCAUACAGUAGAAGGGAAGGAUGCCCCUGAGGAUCAUACUAUAUAGAAAGACACUCAACUAGAAACUGACUUAAACACACAGGCCAUGGUUCAGAUGCAUUGAUUGGUCUGUCAUGGAAAGACAUCCUCAAGAUAAUUCUAUUGAUACAACCACGCAAUACUCAAUCAUUCCUCUGUUCUUUUUUCUGCUGUUUUCAAGAAACAUAUCAAUAGAUCAUAUUCACAGGGCUUUAAUACUCUCUUAGUCUCUCUAUUUUUUGUUCUGAAAGACUAUCAGUGUUAAUUUGAGUUUAGUUGUUGUUAUAUAUGCUACAAUUUAAAUCUUAAUUUGGUUACUUUUAGGCUAUUGGAGCUAACAUAUUACUAUGGUGUUAGGCUAGCAUUGUUGCUAUUACAUUUUGAUGGGAGAAAAAAAAUGGCUUCUAUGUUUUUUUGUGUGAAAUAUUAAAGCUAUCUUUGAAUCUA